UCGCGCUGUAUUGUUGCACAGGGGACUGAGAGCGCACGAGCCCAGAGCGUUCGCGGGGAGGAUGGGACUGUUUACAAGGGGGUUGUAGCUAAAGCGAGACAUAUUUGACUGAAUGGGCCUCUGGCUAUGAUGGCCCCACGUAAGCGAGGAGGGCGGGGCCUGUCAUUCCUCUGCUGCUGUCUAAAGAAGAGCGACCAUCCCGAGAUCACCUACCGCCUCCGUCAUGACAGCAACUUCACACUGCAAACCAUGGAGCCCACCCUGCCCAUGCCCCCCAUCGAGGAACUGGAUGCCAUGUUCACUGAACUGGUGGAUGAGCUGGAUCUCACAGAAAAACAUAGAGAGGCCAUGUUUGCCCUUCCUGCCGAGAAGAAAUGGCAAAUCUACUGUAGCAAGAAAAAGGAACAGGAAGAGAAUAAGGGGGCGACCAGCUGGCCUGAAUUCUACAUCGAUCAGAUCAAUUCUAUGGCUGCUAGAAAGUCCCUGCUGGCCCUAGAGAAGGAGGAUGAGGAGGAGAGGAAUAAGACUAUAGAGAGCUUGAAAACUGCUCUCCGCACACAGCCAAUGAGGUACUGCCUUACACACACACACACACACACACACACUCUAUGGUCAAUCAUUUUUUUGUUUCUUCACUAUUCAAUUAUUUUUUUCCUGCGGUAUGAAUUUCUAAUGCUGGGCAUCCAACCAGUGAUUGAUAAAUUACGGUCCCAUGAAAACUCCACGUUAGAUCGGCAUUUGGACUUCUUUGAGAUGCUACGAAAUGAAGAUGAAUUAGCCCUCGCUAAGCGGUUUGAAAAUGUUCAUAUAGACACUAAAAGUGCUACUCAGGUGUUUGAUCUCAUCCGAAAGAGGAUAAACCACACGGACGCCUUCCCACACUUUAUGUCCGUCUUGCAGCACUGUCUUCAUAUGCCUUACAAAAGAAAUGGAAAUACUGUGCAGUACUGGCUCCUCCUCGACCGAAUUGUCCAGCAGAUUGUCCUGCAGAACGAGAAGGGUCAUGACCCAGAUGUGGCUCCCCUUGAGAACUUCGACGUGAAGAACGUAGUGCGAAUACCCAAAAAUAAACUGGAAGGGACUGUGUGGCUGGACCUGGACGACCUCAAAGUUUUCAAACAAUUGGACUUAGAGGAGAUUGAGAAAACAUUCUCUGCUUACCAGAGACAGCAGGACUCUCUGUUGAAUAUCUUUAGACAGAAAGAAUCAGAGGAUGACACCGUCACUUCUAAAAAGGUCAGAGAAUUGUCUGUCAUCGAUGGACGGCGUGCACAAAACUGCAACAUUCUUCUUUCCAAGUUAAAACUAUCCAACGAGGAGAUCAAGAGAGCCAUACUGACCAUGGAUGAGCAGGAAGACCUACCUAAGGAUAUGCUGGAGCUGCUGUUGAAGUUCGUGCCAGAAAAAAGUGAUGUGGACCUUCUGGAGGAACACAAACAUGAGUUGGAGCGGAUGGCGAAGGCAGAUCGCUUCCUUCAUGAGAUGAGCAGAAUCGACCACUACCAGCAAAGACUGCAGUCUCUUUACUUCAAAAAGAAGUUUGCAGAAAGAAUAGCAGAAAUCAAGCCGAAAGUGGAAGCUCUCAGUAGAGCCUCUAAGGAGGUUCUUCAGAGCAAGAAUCUUCGACAGAUUCUGGAGGUGGUGCUGGCCUUCGGUAACUACAUGAACAAAGGCCAAAGGGGCAAUGCUUAUGGCUUCAAAGUGUCCUCUCUCAACAAGAUCGCUGACACCAAGUCCAGCAUCGAAAAGAACGUCACUCUGCUGCACUACCUGAUUACCAUUCUUGAGCAGAAGUACCCUAAAGUCAGCCUGAUUCAUGAGGAUCUGCACAACGUGCCAGAAGCAGCCAAAGUCAAGUACGCACCUAAAAUGAUCAAGUCUCACUAUUACACCCACUUAAGAGUUUCUGUGUCUCCAAAAAGAGUAAUCACUCUCCUAAAUGUCUUUGUCUUUCAUUCUACACAGUUUGAGAAGGCUGUGAAGCACUUCGGUGAGGACGCCACACGCAUGCAGCCUGAUGAGUUCUUUGGCAUCUUUGAUCAGUUCCUACAUGCCUUCAGUGAAGCUAAACAGGACAAUGAGAACAUGCAACGACGCAAGGAGGAGGAAGAGCGCAGAGCCCGCAUGGAGGCGCAGCUCAAGGAACAGCGUGAGAAGGAAAGAAAAGCCCGGAAGGCCAAAGAGAACUGCGAGGAGGAUGGAGAAUUCGACGAUCUGGUGUCCGCACUCCGAUCCGGGGAGGUGUUUGACAAAGACCUGUCGAAGAUGAAACACAACCGCAAGCGUCCCGUCAAGCAGAGCACAGAGAGCAGCAGAGAGAGACCCAUCACCAAACUCAACUUCUGAGGAAGCUGCACGAGCGAGUGCUGCUGCCUGCUGAUAGAGCUGAGAUAUUACACACGCGUGCAACAGCUCGACCUCAGUUUAGAACUGGAGAGGAUAUCCAGGCCCUGUUUAGUGCUGACUGCCAAAAUACUUCUUAAGGAUUUACAAAGUCUUUUCUAAACAUGUAAAUCAGUUGUGACAGUGUUUGUGCUGAAGAUGACAGGAGUUUGUAUGGUGCUUGUGCACCAUAGUUCACAGAAAUAAUGAGCAGAAAGGGCUACAAACUGGUGCUGAAAUACAGGAACACCCAUUUUCACAACCAUAAACCCCAUUUAUUUCUGUCUGCUCAGAUACUGCUUACAUUUUUGUUGAGUUAUUGUUGGUGUACACUGUGCACUAUCAAGAAACAGGCCUUGUUUUUUGCAAUAUGUGGUGUGCUAAACACUAAAAGUCAGUGUUUUGGAAGCAAAAGUGAUUUUUGUCAAAUUGUGGGAUGCAGUGAUACUUAAUUGGACGAUGUAAUUGGUUUGUUUGUAAUGAGUAUUUCCUUUUGUUCCACUUGUAACUCAAGCACAAGCGUUUGUUUGUUAAUAAACUGUCCAUUCCAGACCUGUUAAAGCACAACUUUAAAU